GAAAAUAAAAAUGUGAGGACUGAUGAGGAAGCAGUGGUGGACCGCGGCGGAACCCGCUCCAUGCUGAACACCAACUUUGAGAAGGAAGAACUCGAAGGAGUCGCCGUCCCGGAAAGAUGACUGGAAGAGCACAGCGCAGAACGCUCAAUGACAAGAAAAAUCCUAGAGUGGCGGCUACAGACUUCCAGAAAUAUCUGGCACGUGCUCUGCUGGCAAAUCUACAAUAGGUAAAACUUGGAUUUCAUGAGAGGACACCUUGGAGGAAGCUGCUGCACCUGGAUGUUCCACAGCACUACUGGCAAACCAUGUGGACAGAUAAAAAUAAAGUCACCGUACUCUGUACAUUGGGGUACAUGUUCCUCUGGGCCGGAGAUCACAUCGCCGCCACCGUCACCACGGUCAUAGACACAGGAAGCGCUCCAAGGAAAGGGACUCGACAGCUGACGAUGGACGAGAAUCUCCCUCACACAGUCGGUGUCCUUCCGUCCCUUACGUUUGCUUGUGGCUGCUAGCAUAGCUGCAGUUUGAGCAGAAACGAAGGCUUGUCCCCCACCGUUGUCUUUGCUGCAGCAAACACGCCGGCUCAGAGGGUGCAGUUCCUGUUGGGGACUGAGGAUGGCGACGAGGAACACAUUCCGCACGCCCUGUUCACCGAGCUGGACGAAAUCUGCCUCAGAGAGGGGGAGGAUGCAGAAUGGAAGGAGACUGCCAGGUGGCUCUGUUUUUGUUGCACGGGAUCCCACUGGUGACAUCCCUGUAGACCUUUUUACAUAAUGUUUGUAAACAAUAGUCGCCAGGGUACCUUUUGGUGGCAGGAAAGUGAUCGACUACUGCUGACUUGAAGUAAAAACGAUGACAAAAACUGGUUGUGGUUGGACUUGCACUGCUAGAUAAAAUGUGAAAAUGUAUCGACUCAAUUAUUUACGUUCAUUUUACAUUCACACUGAUGCUAAAAUGUGAAUGCUGCGAUUCAAGCAUUUACAUACAAUUGGCUAUGCUUGUGUUAUUAUUGUAUUGCUUUUUGUGACUUCUGACAGAGCCAAACAUUCAUUACUGUGGCUCAGUAGGUAGAGAGUCCAGUGACCGAAGGGUAGCUGGUUCGAAUCCCGGCUACGAUUGUCUGCAUGUCAAAGUGUCCUUGGGCAAGACACUGAACCCUAAUUUGCUCCCAGUGGGCAUGGCAGCAGUCGCCCAUCGGUGUGUGAAUGUGUGUGUGAAUGAAAUGUAAGGCUUUGUAAAGCGCUUUGGGCACUGUGAUAGUGUAGAUAAAGCGCUAUAGAAGUGCAGUCCACUGUCCAGUGUUUGAAUGCUGAAAGACUAGAAUACAAAAAAUAAACAAAUGCAAGCGUUAUCACUUUCUAUUCAUCCAGAUUUUGAUAGUUUGGCAACAACUGAAAUGAUAUGCGUGCGUUUGUGUAGGUGGCUGAAGUUUGAGGAGGACGUUGAAGAUGGUGGCGAGCGAUGGAGUAAGCCCUACGUGGCCACGCUGUCUCUCCACAGUCUUUUUGAGCUCCGCAGCUGCAUUAUGAACGGUACCGUGAUGCUGGACAUGAGGGCAAAUUCGCUGGAGGAGAUUGCAGAUAUGGUCCUGGAUCAGCACGAAGUUUCCGGCCCGCUGGGACAGGAUGCCAGGAGGAGGAUCCGUGAGGCCCUGCUCAAGCAGCAUCACCACCAGAACCACAAGAAGCUCGCCAACCGCAUCCCGAUUGUCCGCUCCUUUGCGGACAUCGGCAAGAAGCAAUCAGAGCCUCAUUCUAUGGAUAAGAACGGCCAAACCGUUUCAUCGCAGUCGCAGUCAGCCAGCACCGAGGGCAAACAAGACGUCAGCAGAGAAAACAGUGCCGUCGACUUCAGCAAGAUUGACCUUCACUUCAUGAAGAAGAUCCCGCCUGGUGCCGAGGCCUCCAACGUCCUGGUCGGGGAGUUGGAGUUUCUCGACCGUCCUGUGGUGGCCUUCGUCCGCCUGGCACCCGCCGUGCUGCUCAGCGGUCUGGCUGAGGUUCCCAUCACCACCAGGUUCCUUUUCAUCCUGCUUGGGCCUCUGGGAAAAGGUCCACAGUACCAUGAAAUUGGACGAUCUAUUGCAACCCUGAUGACGGACGAGGUUUUCCAUGAUGUGGCGUAUAAAGCCAAAGACAGAAAUGAUCUUGUCGCAGGUAUUGAUGAGUUCUUGGACCAAGUGACAGUGUUACCCCCUGGCGAGUGGGAUCCCUCCAUCAGAAUAGAACCACCCAAAAAUGUGCCCUCUCAGGAAAAGCGGAAGAUUCCUCCUCUUCCAAACGGAGUUACAGAUCUUGUGGAGUCAGGGGAACAUGGAGGCCACGGUGGCCCUGAGCUUCAACGCACUGGAAAGCUGUUCGGCGGGUUUAUCUUGGACAUCAAGCGGAAGGCCCAUCACUACCUUUCUGACUACACUGACGCCGUCAGCCUGCAGUGUCUGGCCUCCUUCCUUUUCCUUUACUGUGCUUGCAUGUCACCUGUCAUCACCUUUGGAGGUCUUCUGGGUGAGGCUACUGAAGGGCGUGUGAGUGCCAUCGAGUCCUUGUUUGGGGCUUCCAUGACUGGAAUUGCAUACUCGCUUUUUGCUGGGCAGCCACUUACGAUCCUCGGCAGCACCGGUCCGGUUCUUGUGUUUGAGAAGAUCCUCUUCAAGUUCUGCAAGGACUAUGGCCUCUCCUACCUCUCCCUGAGGGCCUGUAUAGGCCUUUGGACAUCCUUUUUCUGUCUCCUGCUUGUGGCCACAGAUGCCAGCUCGCUUGUUUGUUACAUCACCCGGUUCACAGAGGAAGCCUUUGCAUCCCUGAUCUGCAUCAUCUUCAUCUACGAAGCCCUGGAGAAACUCGUCCACCUUGGCGUGCACUACCCCAUCAAUAAAAACAACAAUCUUCAGAAACUAACGCAAUAUUCGUGCACUUGUGUGGAGCCCAGGGAUCCCAGCAAUGACACUCGGCUGUUCUGGGAGGAGAGGAACAUCACAGCCUCCCAGGUCAACUGGACUAUGUUGGAAGUUACGGAGUGCGAAGAUCUGCACGGGGAGUUCGAAGGCAGCGCCUGCGGUCCCCACGGCCCUUACAUUCCUGACGUCCUGUUCUGGUGCGUGGUCCUCUUCUUCUCUACCGUCUUCAUGUCCGCCUUCCUCAAGGAGUUCAAGACAAGGCGCUACUUUCCUACCAAGGUGCGAGCCAUCAUCAGUGACUUUGCAGUCUUCAUCACCAUUCUCACCAUGGUUCUGGUUGACUACGCUCUAGGCAUUCCCUCACCAAAGUUACAAGUUCCCAACAAGUUUAAACCAACCAGAGAUGAUCGUGGCUGGGUUGUAAACCCCGUGGGUCCCAACCCAUGGUGGACCACCAUCAUCACUUUCAUCCCUGCUCUGCUGUGCACAAUCCUCAUCUUCAUGGACCAACAGAUCACGGCUGUUAUUAUCAACAGGAAGGAACACAAACUGAAGAAAGGCUGCGGCUAUCAUCUAGACUUGUUCGUGGUUGGCGUGAUGCUGGGCGUGUGCUCUGUGAUGGGCCUGCCGUGGUUCGUGGCCGCCACCGUGCUCUCCAUCUCUCACGUGAACAGCUUGAAGCUGGAGUCCGAGUGCUCUGCACCCGGAGAGCAGCCCAAGUUCCUGGGCAUCCGUGAGCAGCGCUUUACUGGUCUCAUGAUCUUCACCCUAAUGGGCUGCUCUGUCUUUAUGACCUCUGUCUUGAAGUUCAUCCCGAUGCCUGUGCUGUAUGGAGUGUUUCUCUACAUGGGGGCGUCCUCACUUAGAGGCAUCCAGUUCUUUGACCGUCUCAAGCUGUUUGGGAUGCCGGCCAAACACCAGCCUGACUUCAUUUACCUUCGCCACGUUCCACUCAGGAAGGUGCACCUCUUCACCAUCAUCCAACUCAGCUGUUUGGUGCUGCUGUGGGUCAUCAAGACCUCCAAGGCCGCCAUAGUUUUCCCAAUGAUGGUCUUGGCUCUCGUCUUCAUCCGCAAGCUUCUGGACUUAAUCUUCACCAAGAGAGAACUUAGCUGGUUGGAUGACUUGAUACCGGAGUGGAAAAAGAAGAAGCUCGAAGAUGCUGCACAAGAGGAGGAGCACAGCAUUAUUGCCGAGGAGGAAGGCAUCGUGCAGGUUCCGCUUGAGGGACACUACAAGAGCGACCCAGCGACAGUGAACAUCACCGAUGAGAUGUCCAAAGGCUCAUUUGGGAAUGUUUGGAAGAGCGUGAACCCCGUGGAAAAGGAUCCACCUGCUAAAAGUUUUCCCAAGAGUGUUGAGAAGCGCCACAAGCGUCGAAAGCGCGACAAGAGCUUGGACCGGGAGACAAGUUUGUGAUGACACACACUUGAAGAUAAUGCCAUCAUUCUGUUCCUUAUGGUCAUUGAAAAAAAAAAAAAAAACUGUGCCACACUUCACCACCUUUGUACUGUGAAACACUUUUGUUUUUGUUUGUUUUUUUUGUUAUGCGUGUCAUGUGCAACUUGUGUAUGAAACACAAAAUUAGAAACAACAUCGGUGACUAUAUUAAAGAGUUACUGCACAUUUUUGUGAAACCAGCAACAAAACGGGCCAACUAAAGGACACAUUUUGAAAAAUGUUUAAUUGUAUUUUAUAUGUUUUUAUGUUUUGCAAAACCGGUAACAUUUAUAAAAUCUUGCUUCAGCCAAAUUAUUAAACUGCUUAUUUACGUGAUGGACGUUAAUGUAGAAGUUAGGAUUUCUGUGAAAAGUGUGUCUAAAGCUAAUCUACAGUUAAAAAAAAAAAAAAAAAAAAAAUUAUAUUCAAUCUCAUAUAUUCUGUAUAUUUACAUUUUUUUGUGAUGUUACAGACUUUUUUUCCCACCUUUUUCAAGGUAGUUCAUUAUCUUAGCCUCCUUUGGCAAAUUGCGACUUGUUCUUUUUCUCUUUGUCCAUCGUUGCUGAUGUUUGGAGUGGCUUGUAGAAAAACGUUUAUCGUUUAUCAUCUUAUCAGUACAUGUCAUCCAUGGACCUACGCUGUCUUCUGUGUUGUGUUAGCGUUCAAAAGGAUUUUUUUUCUAAGACACCGUUAGUACUUCUAGGGAUGCAAUAAUUAAAAAAAAAUCUGCAAAGGGCAACCUGUAAUACGUGCUGAAGAGUCUUAACGAUGUACAAUACAUACUAUAUUUUAUUGUAUUCAGUGUUACUAAUAUAUUACCAAAAAUGAUGUCCAAGGCAGUUUUCUGAUGUAGAUGUUUCUUUCCUGACGUCUGAUGCUUCUCUCCAUGCUUAGAGAAACUAAUAAGAGGUCAAAAUAAUAUCAAUAUCACAUAUUUUGACUGCAUCUGUGUGUAUUUUACUUUUUUUGUUGUUUUUUUUUUUUGCCUUAAACUUUGACAGAUGAUAGCCAUGUGCUUUUGGUUGUUAAUUUGACUGGAGAUUGUGAAGUAAUCAGUUCCACUUUGUUGUUAAAUUGUGGUUUUGUUCAGCAGAAUGAGAAAGAUGCAAUGACGAGUGUCUAUUAAAAUUUCAAUAAACGUA